AACACGAUGACCCGCUUUCCCGCGCAGCUCCCCGCACGACAUGAACGGGACAGACCCCAAGACGAAUGGUCAUGUCCUUGUGCCUAGGCAGCUACCCAGCCCGUCCCUGUCGCCGGAACCGGAAAGCGUGGCCCCGCCCACCUUGCACACCGCCGAAUUGCUGCUAGAUGGACUCAGCGACAACAAGGCAGACGGAAACGGUGCCCUGAGUCCCACCGGCCCAAUCCACACAUCAAACAGUCAUGACGAAGCGAUCUUGUCAGACACAAGCGAGAGGGGCAGACGAGUACCGCCCAUCCGAAGACCCGGCGACGGGAGGCGCAAGAGCAGCGUCUCUGAGCAAGAGAAGCUGCUGCGUCUCAGUCCCAAGAAGAUCCAGGAGCUGACCAGCGAGCCCGCAAGUAUCCCCGUGCGGGCAGCGACGCCCAUACAAGAGGAUGCGCUGGAAGAACAGGCGUCAGGCGAGGACAGACCUUCGCGGGAGGCUACUAGAGGGCUGGGAGUUCAACUGGGACCAGUCGCCGAAACCAAUGGCGCUACCAGGAGAAAGAAGAGUCGCUCAAGGAGCAGGGAACCAAGAGCUGAGAGGGAACUGCUGGUGGCCAAGGGGCAGCAGCGACCUGCUUUGCGAGAGAGGUCCAUCACUACGCCCAACGUAAUGCGGAGAAGGGAGUCGAGCCAGAAGAUACACGCACAGGCGCAUGCGAACGACGAGGAGAAGCGGCCCGCCAAGCACGUCCCUCCACCGCUCAACCUGGACACCAGAGACAACAGGCAGAACCUGAAGGCUCCGGCCCAGGAGAGACAUCGCGAUGUGCCUUCGCCUAUGCCCUCGAUAAUACCUCUUCCGCCCAUGUCUAUCCCGACCUUUUUGUCGCUAGAACUGUCUGCUGACCGACCUUCUCCCCUGUAUAUAUAUCGACCUUCGACCGCCGAUUUCCCCUACGAGUCGUCGAAAAUUAAGUAUGACCGUUUGGUCAACUUUCUCCUUCUUCCACCCAAGCUAGAAGCUAUACUCGGCUUUGGAGCUUUGGCUUGUUUGGACGCCUGGAUGCAUACUCUCACGAUCCUUCCACUGCGGUUCCUCAUCGCCGUUGGCAUCUUGAUGAAGUGGUGGGGUUCUGUGAUGAUCAAAGAAGUCAAGUUUGUGUACAAAGGUUUGCCUAGAUUGUGGCGGCGAAGAAGACAAGUAGAGGCCUCCACACCAGUAUUGACCGGACUUGCCGAGGGAGAGACGGCUUCCCGGUCACGAGGGCCAUCGGCUUCCGCCUCCGCUUCGACAUCGCCCCAACCCGCAAGUGCAACCACCACCGCAAGGGACAAUGGCCGCAUUGGAAUGAAUUUCAGAUUUCCUGAGACCAAGGACGCCCCUACACCUAAACGCACACGCACACGGUAUCGGCAUCGUAGGACAAUGUCGACGCCUUCGGCGCUUCUCCCAAGUCACAAGGCUGACAUGCUCAAAGGCGCCUUGGUUGUCGUCAGCUGUGUGGUUCUCAUGCGCUUUGACGCUAGCAGAAUGUACCAUGGUAUACGAGGGCAGUCUGCCAUCAAAUUGUACGUCAUCUACAACGUCCUUGAAGUCUGCGACCGCCUCCUCUCGGCGCUAGGGCAAGAUGUCUUGGAAUGUCUGUUCUCCCGUGAGACACUUGAUCGCAACUCCGAUGGCCGUAGCAAGAUCCUCCGACCUUUGUGGAUGUUUGUGCUCGCUCUGGUGUACAACGUGGCCCAUGCAACCGCGCUUUUCUACCAGGUUAUCACACUAAAUGUUGCGGUCAAUUCGUAUUCGAAUGCACUCCUAACCUUGCUCAUGUCAAAUCAAUUCGUGGAGAUAAAGUCUACCGUCUUUAAGAAGUUUGAGAAGGAGAACUUGUUCCAGGUCACAUGCGCAGACAUCGUCGAACGCUUUCAGCUUUGGUUGAUGUUGCUAAUCAUUGCGAUGCGCAACAUUGUUGAAGUCGGAGGGCUCAGUAUUGGCGCACCCUCUUUCAGCAGCGUUUUCACGGGUGGCAACACGACAGCUUCAGCCCCCUUUUCGGCUGCGAGUAUCCUCCCGAUGAGCUUCACCAUCUUUCCGAAAUGGAUUGGCCAAGUAUUAAGUCCUUUCUUACUGGUUCUCGGCAGUGAAAUGGCCGUCGACUGGUUGAAGCAUGCGUACAUAACGAAGUUCAAUCAGACAAAGCCCGAAGUGUACGACAAGUUCCUCGACGUUCUGGCGAAGGACUACUACUCCGACGCUUUCAUCGACCAGAACCUGACACGCCGCCUUGGCUUGCCAGUCAUCCCUCUCAGCUGCCUCUUCGUACGCGCCGCGGUUCAAACGUACCACAUGUUCAUCGCAACUCACAUGCCGGCCCCCUUCCCCAGCACAUCCACGUCACUGACGCCGAAUGAACCACCCACGUCUUCACCAGCGACUACCGCCGCCCUUGCACACAUAGACCAGAUCUUCCGCCGUGCCCUAGGCCGCUCUAGCUUCGGCACGGGGUCUUCGAAUUCCAGUGCACUCCCUUGGUACAGCUCAACCUGGACGCUUGACGACGUGAUCGCCGGUUCCACCAUGCUCAUUGUGUUCCUCAUCGUCUAUUUGUUCUUCCUCGCAUUCAAGCUCCUACUUGGUAUGUUUUUGCUACGUGUUGCACGCAACAGAUACAGAGGCAUGAAGGAGAGGGAGCGCAUCAAUACUGAGACUGGCGGAAAGCGGAUUGGCGGAUGGGGUGUUGUGGACGUGGAUGAGGAGAAGAGGAGAUGGAUUUACAAUGACGACCCGGACUCCUUGAGGAGGCUGAGAGAGAGAGACGAGAAGGGGCGACAGCAAGAAGAGAAGGAGAGGAGGGAGGGGACAACGUUUGGACAUGUAUCACGAUAUGCGAUGGUCGCGAAGAGGAUAUGGUAGAGGGCCGUAGAUAGGCAUUUGGGUACUACAUUAUAGAUGAAGCUGUGACCCUCUUAUAAAAGACAAC